GGCGUCUUCCUCCCCUGGGCUGUUCCGGAUGAGACGCCUCCCUCCCUCCGCCCCUCUGAUCCUCUUAUCAGCGAGUAAGCGGCCAAGAUGGAUGUUGUGAAUCAGUUGGUGGCCCAAGGGCAGUUCACGGUACUCAAACAACCGUUGGGAUUUAUCAAAAUUCUACAGUGGAUCUUUGCAAUCUUCGCCUUCUCGACAUGUGGCAGUUACUCUGGCAUGUUCAAGAUGAGCGUGGAGUGUAAAAACCGGACGGAGAGUGACCUAGGCAUAGAAGUAGAAUUUGAAUAUCCGUUCAGGCUCCAUCAGGUUUACUUUGAUUCCCCGACCUGUAAGGGAGGAAACAAAGAGCGUCUAUUCCUGGUCGGGGACUACUCCUCCUCAGCUGAGUUCUUCGUCACCAUCGCUGUCUUCUCCUUCCUCUACUCAAUGGCAGCCCUCUCUGCAUACUGUUUCGUACUGGAGAAGUACCGUGAAAACUGCAAGGGGGCCCAGAUUGACUUUGUUGUGUCUGCGGUAUUUGCCUUCAUGUGGCUGGUCUGUUCAUGUGCUUGGGCUAAAGGCCUGUCAGAUGUGAAAACAGCCACCGAUCCAGAGAGGGUCAUCACUCUCAUCUCAGCCUGUGACGAAGAAGAGACUCGCUGCCGUGAAGUCCACGACCCCAAGGUCUCCGGCCUCAACACCUCUGUGGCUUUUGGUUUCAUCAACCUGAUCCUGUGGAUCGGAAACCUGUGGUUCGUGUUCAAGGAGACCGGCUGGAUGGCUGCCCUCUCUGGAACAUACGUCCCAUCACAGGAAAAGCAGCCCGCCCCCGAUGCCUUUGCCCAGGGAGGCUACGCUCAGCAGGACCCCUACGCCGGCUCCCAGGGAGGGUACCAGCCCGAAUACGGGCAGCAGGGCUACAAUGAGGAAGGAGGAUACAGCCAGGGCUAUGAGCAGCAGCCGCAGCCCACCUCCUUCGCUAAUCAAAUGUGAGCCUGUCCAGCCAAACCACAGCUGCAGGAUGGUUGAGCUUGUGAUGUUGGAGUGUGGCUCUCGACCACCACCUGCAUUUCCACACUCCUCUGUUUGUCUGUUUGUGUAUUUGUGAGUUGACAGGCGGAGGGAGGGAGGCAUGGAGGGCAGAAACUGGUGAGGCCUGGGGAGGGGGACACUACCGGGGGAAUGGGGUCUUUGCUGUAACAUGAUGUUUAUUCUCGUGAUGUAUUUAACUGUAGAAGACAACAGAGGAUUGUCUGUUUGGUUAUACGAGAAAAACUUGAAUACAAAUACCAAAACAUUCGUUGGCGAACAUUUAACUGAAAUCUUGUAAUGGAAAAGACUUACAUUUAUGGGGAAAAAAAGUUGUAGUAAUAUUUAACUUGGGAGAAUGUAUUUGUCUGUGCUGUGUAAAUAUCAACAUGCUGAUAUAUAUAUGAUUAUAUGUACACAGUUGAAUAAUUGUGCACUCCAUAAAAGUUGUUAUACAACAAAUGUUGAGCACAGAGUUAUUCAAUUGCAUUUACUUUGGUUCUGUUUAGGAGCUCACAUAGUUUAGCCUUUGCCCUUCAAUCCCCUUAAAUUAUUCACACCAUAAGUUUUUAAUUUAUUCAUCUCAGAAUCUAUAAACAUCUUUUCACGUUUUUGUUCUUCUCAUUUGAUCAGCAUCACUGACAGGAUUUAAGAAAGGGGCUAAAGGCUGCUCAAAAUAUGAUGGCAAAUGUUGAAAGAAAAUAAUUAAUAUAAACAGUGAGAGUAAGAGUAAUUUAUUAUAACAUAGUGAAUAGAUGAUAGUAGUGGGUUUUAAGUAGGUUGUUUCAACUUUAUUUAUGUUUUUAUAUACAUUUAUUCAUCAAAUAUCACUGUCAAGUGAGGAUGAACUCUUGUGAUACACAGAACAUUUUAAAUCCUGACAUGUAAUAUAAAAAAUUGCAUAGGGUCACGAAAAUUAGUGAGCAUGGUAGCAUCUCAUAUUUGCUGUGCUGUUUCAAAAACUGCUAUAGUGUGCUAUCAGUAUGAAAAUUGUGAAUCGGGGCCAGUGAGCAACAGAUUUAGCGACGUGUGUGUUUGUUUGUUUGUUUGGAUUUAUGUAAUGGCAUCAGACUAAUUUUGUCUAUGAACCCUCGUCCUGUUUUGAUCGCCUGUUAUGUGGUCCGGAAAGUUGUAAGACAGAGUCAUAUAGUUUUUUAACCGGUGUUUCUAUCACACUGUAAUCAGUGACCUACAUACACACGUUAACAUUUAGUCGGCAAAUGAGAAUAAAGUAUAUUAAAGACCUUGCAUAGUACAACACAUAUUAUUACGAGGCGGUCUGAACAAUAUGACUCCACAUGUACUCCUCCUGCAUCCUCGAUCCUUCUUCAUCUCUUCUCUUUCGGAGGGUGAAUUUACUGCAUGCAUCCUUAUAUCCUGAAGCAUUCCUAAACAUGUUUGAGAGGCUGAGGCUUAAAGCUGCAGGAAAGUUAGACUACACAGUAACACCGUGCUAUGUUUUGAUCCAUCAUCGUGGUUACUGCUCAGCGCAUACAGCAGCUCUGCUAUAUUCUACCCAAAGCACAAAGUAGGUGCCGUAAUAAUCACUUCCUUCCAGAUAUAAAAUACCUGUCCUACUGCCAAUCCUCUGUUUGGAUAUACAAGAUUGCCAAAUGGUAAGAGAUGUGUCUUGAUUGGUAGUUUUGCUUCCACAGUCCUCAUCAGGAUGACUUGUUGUCCAUCUCCAGUAUAUAUUGAUCCAUUGCACAGCCUUGGUUUCACUUUUUUUUGUUUUAAAUCAGGGUUCUUUGAUUGAGGCGUGUAGAAGCACCUGCUUUCUCUCUUCCUCUAGUCCCCCCACCUGUUUUUUCUCUCUCUUUCUCUCUGUCUUUCUCUCUCUUUCACUGUAGCUCUUAUAAAUAUGCUGAAAUGAAAUAUACUCUGUUGUUAGUGGUGAAUGAUGUCUUGUGAUACUCUCUCUACGCCUUUGGAUAGUGCUGUGUUUAUUGUGUAUGAUGUAAUCAUAUUAGUAUUUAUGAUAAUGAUAAGUCAGAGAAAAAAAAUAUCCAAGACUCCAAAAUUCUGCUGUAUUCUUAUUAUAUGGGAUCCAUGUGAAACAAAAUGAAAUAAACUUGAAAUUAUUCUGUUGCAGGUUAAAA